GAAAAUGUCAGAAAUUGGAGACACCGUUUAUUUGACAGUAUUGAUAAUAAUAUCAGUUUUAUCAUUGAUUGGAUGUACAGUGUUGUUAAUUGAUUAUCUUUAAUAAAGAAAAAAUGCUAAUCUUGCCACAAAAUUAUUAGCAAUUUUAUCAAUAAGUGAUGCAAUAUAUGUCAUAGCUGUCGUCACUAAUCCUACUCCAUGUAUCUAAUGAAAUAUAAAUUAGAGAAUGAUGGGGCUUUUUGUGUAAUUUAAGCUCUAUUUAAAUAAUCCUCAAGUCUUUCCACAUUUAUUGUAAAUUUUUUCUUUUGCCUAACUACGUUUCUUACAAUUGUAAAAAAUAUAGAUAUGGCAGAUGAUAAUUAUGAAAAAUAUAAGAGAAAUGCGAAAAUAUUUUCUAUAUUAUUUCCAUUAGUGAUUGCUAUUAUUCCACUUACUUAUAAUGGAUAUGGAAAAUAGUAUUAUGCUUGUAGUCUUAAAAGUCAAAAUGCUUUUUGGAUAGGAGAAUUAAUAUUAUUUUAUUUUCCUUUUGGAUUUCUUUUUGGAGCUAGCAUAGUUUUUCUUUUGAAAAUACAAAACUUCCUAAAAGAAAUUUAGCAAAAUAAAUUGGAUUAUGAUGAUUAUAGAAUUAAUAGAAGAACUUUAAUGACACAAAAUAGUCAAAUAACUGCAGGAGAAUAAUAUACAUAAUUCCUAUUUUUUUACACACUUGUUCAUUUUUUUUGUUGGCUUCCAAUAAUUGUUAGUUCUAUUCUAGAUAUAAUACUAUAAGAAGAAUUAUUAUGGUUUGAAGGAACCAGUUACAUAUUAGCAUGUUCAUAAGGAUUUUUUGAUAUGUUACUUUUCAUGAUUAGCAAAAGAGUUUCCUCAAAAUAAUAAGUUUAUGAAAGAAACAAUAGUUUUUUGACUGCAGAUCCAAUCGAUAUAUAUAGAGGAUCUGCUGUAUACAAUUCAAGUUUAUGA